GGCAGCUGGAGCUCCCUCAGGGGAUGUUUAGGUUGGUAUCUGCAAUGGUUCUUCCCCCAGAGGUGGUCGAGCACGGGAACAGGAUCUCAGGGAGUGGUCACAGCCCCGGGGCUGGCAGAGUGUAAAGAGCAUUUGGACAGCGCUCCCAGGUGAGCAGUGGCUAUGGAUUUGGACAGCAUGUUCUCAGGCUCUUCUCUGCAGAGCCUCGCCAAACUGCUGCGUGAUGCUCCAGAACAGGAUGAUGAUGGUGGUGAUGAUGAUGAUGUGCCACGCUGUUCUGUUGCUGCCAUGACUCCUGGGAGUGUUGGACCAGUCAAAAAAGAGACCAGCAGUACUUUUCAAGUGAAAUCUGAAAACAAGAAAACCAUUUGGAAUACAGAGGAGGUCCCAGAAGGAUCUGAAUUUGAUGAUACAUGGGACCCUAGAGAAAAGCCAGAGUAUGAGAUUUCCUUCAAGCAGCACGUGGGAACAGAGGAUGUCUUCUUUGGGAUGACUGGGAAAGACCCCUCCACUGCCUGCUGUGAGGAUAUAGUGAUUAAAAUCAAGCUGCCAGAGACAAAGUACUCCGACAUCACAUUAGACAUCCAGGACAAGGUUCUUGACCUUCGAACUCCCAAAAACAAGCUGCUGCUGCACCUCCCCUACCCUGUGAACAGCAAGGAGGGCAGAGCUCGUUUUCUCUCUGAAGAGGAGAUCUUGGAAGUCACCUUGAGAGUAUCAAGGAAGUUGGAUUUCAUCAAUUUUUCUGAUGGGUAGAAAGAUAGAGAAAGUUUGCAAAAACUAAUGUUCUAGUUUGAAGGCUUUUGGAAACCCAACUUGUUCUGAAACAGUAGAUGGCUUCCCUUGAGCAGUCCAGGGGAAUGUCUCUGGAGAAAUGAGUCAGGAGGAGCACAGCACCAGAGGUCCUAACAGCUGAAGCUGUCUGGCCUUUACACUGCUCUGGUUAACUUUCUGCUUCCUGCAGUCUGGAACAGACCCUGUGAGUCAGAAAGUGGGAGAUUUCAGUUCAAAAGCCACAGGAAGCCUUUUGUGUGGUCAUGGCUGAGGUAGCACAAUGAGGCUCAGGACAAUAUCUGCUGCUUUGGUGCCAUUUCAAAGCUUGCAAGUGCUUGCUUGUCUCCUUGCUUGGUCUCCAGUGCUGGGACUGGGGCCAGUUCAGAAUCUUCUCUUGCCUAUUUCUUGGUGAGAAGAUCAUUCUGCAGGGAUCCAUACCCAUACCUGAGGCUCCUUUACACUGGCAGAACAAGUUAACCAGCUAUAGUUGGGUUGCUGAACAUCUCAGCUCUUUUGAACAGGUUUUUGACAAUUUAUAGUUGAGUGUUGUCUAGUCAUCUGCUGU